AUGGCAGGCUCAGCGUUGGUGGCUCGGGCUUGCCGUGGUGUUUGUGGCAUGAGGGUCCUGCAAACCCGAGGCUUCGGCUCGGACUUGUCGGAAAACGUGGACACCGGCUCUGGCUCCAUCCGAGAAGCCGGUAGGGUCUUCGGAAAGAGGGAGAAGGCUGAGGAGGAUUGGUACUUCCGAGAGAAGACUAGAGAGCAACUGGCUGCCCUGAACAACCAUCACGAAGAUGAAAUUCAACACCACGUGAUGGAAAUUGAGCCUCUGCAGAAACAGAUUGAGCGGCAUAAGAAAGUAGUUAAAACUCCUAAAGGAUAA